GGCUGGGCUUGGUGCUGGUGCUGGGUGCUGGGCUGAUAGCCGACCCAUCCCGACCUAAGUCAGGUAAAGCCGUACUGUAACUCGCUGCACCACCAACCCAAACACAACACCAGCAUAACUAACGACCAACUAACUGCUCACUAACUCUUACUUUGCUGUUCUGGAACAGGGCAACUCCCCAAUCAUCAGAGGGACUUGAGGCGUAGGUACCGGCACCAUCUGAAGCCCAUUAUGGGGUUCUGGAUCAUGACCUAUGAGCUCCACGCCAAUUGCAUUUACUCGCAUGCUGCCCAGCUGCCUGUCUAACCAUGCGCUGCAGGGGGACGAGGGCCCCCUGGACUCCUGGAGCCCCAUCGCCCAUCGCCCUCCUGCUCUCCCCAACGGCAACUCUCAUGGGCCUGGGCUGGGUCCUGGGUCCGUCUGGGGUUUCUCCACUUCCCCGCGGUUAUCCCUCGGUGGGCAGCUUAGGGGGACGCCACCACGCUUCCAGGUGCUGCCCGCCCACCGCGAAUUAACUUUCUUCCGAAAAACUUGUUUGGGCGCCUCAGUCUGAGUAUUUUCCUUCCAGAUUGCCGUGCAUGGAUGAUGGCUUGGGAGCAUCGAGAUCAGACAAAUAUCGAUUUGAGACGCCAGUGUUGUUGCCAACGUCAACUUUUUUGAUAUAAGAAUCACCCCUUCCUCCCCCCUUCGAAAACUCAACAAGUCGAUCAUCACCCCGGUUCCAAUCCUCUGAACAACAUCAUUCGCAACACCCGACUCCUCCAUCUUCACACUUCGCAACUUCUCAGUAUCUUCAUCAUGGGCUUCACUGGUGAUUCCAAGGAGGACUCUCAACAUGUUGAGAUAGCCGCCUCCGACUCUUCCAAGGUCCUUCAAUCAGGACAUCUCGAAGACUUGGACAGCAUCGAACAGACUCAGUCUGGCAAGUACGCCUGGCUGGUCGCCAUCACAGCAGGUGUUGGAGGUUUGCUCUUCGGUUACGACACUGGUAUCAUCUCGGCUGUUCUCGUCUACCUCGAUGCUGAUCUCGGCCAUGUUUUGGACUCGAGCGAGAAGGAGUUGAUUACUUCGAUCACAUCUGGUGGAGCUUUCAUCGGCGCAAUCGCUGCUGGUGUUACAGCUGAUCGCUUUGGACGCAAGGGCGCUAUCUACAUGGGAUGUUUCCUCUUCAUCGUCGGCGCUGUUUUGCAGGCCGCAGCAUACUCUCUUGCACAGAUGACCAUUGGACGUCUUGUUGUUGGUUUCGGUGUCGGAUCCGCCGCCAUGAUCGUUCCUCUUUACAUCGCUGAGAUCGCACCCGCCAAAUAUCGAGGACGCAUGAUCGGUCUUGACAACAUGUCCAUCACAGGUGGUCAGCUCGUCUCUUACGGCAUCGGCGCAGCUCUUGCACACGUCAAUCAAGGCUGGAGAGCAAUGGUCGGUCUUGGAGCACUCCCAGCGAUUAUCCUCUGCGCUCUCCUCCCAUUCUGCCCCGAGUCACCCCGUCAACUCAUCUACCACGACAAGCAUGAGCAAGCCGCGGAUGUCAUCCGCAAGAUCUUCCCCCAAGGAACCGAACUCCAAGUCCAGCAGAAGGUCCAGCACAUCGCCGCACACGUCGCUGAGGCAAAGGCAUUGAAGGAGGGUAAGGGUCAACUCUGGCUCAUCAAGCAACUCUACGUCGUUCCCGGUAACUUCAGAGCUCUGAUCGCAGCUUGUGGUCUCAUGGCUAUCAGUCAACUUGGAGGUUUCAACGCCCUGAUGUACUACUCCUCGACUCUCUUCGCUCUCGUCGGAUUCAAGAACCCAGUCGCUGUCGGAACCAUCAUUGCAGCCACCAACUUCUUCUUCACCUGGGUCAACCUGAUGGUUGUCGAUCGCUUCGGACGUAGACGCAUUUUGCUCAGCACCAUGUGGGGAAUGGUAAGUCAAAAUUCUACUCACGCUACAACUCUUGCUUUUCCAAUAUCUAACAUUUCUCCCAACAGGCACUCUUCCUCGCCCUCGCAGCCGUCGCCUUCCACUGGAUCCCAAUCAACCACGACCUCACCCUCAAGACCCAAGAAAUCGGCUGGCCCGCCUACGUCGUCCUCGCCUGCAUGAUCAUCUACGUCGGCUUCUACUCCUCCGGUAUGGGCAACACAGCCUGGCUCUCGUCCGAGUUCUUCCCCAUGGAGGUCCGCUCGUACGGAACCAUGAUGCUGACCUGCUCGUGCUGGGGCUCCAACAUCAUCGUGGCAUCCACCUUCCUCACGCAGAUGGAGAACACGACCCCAUCUGGCGCAUUCGGCUUCUACGCUGCGAUCUGCUUCUUUGGCUGGAUUGCGGUCUACUUCUGUUAUCCUGAGGUCAAGGGUAUGACGCUGGAGGAUAUUAGGGAGAUCUUUAAGCAUGGGUUUGGUGUUAAGUAUGCUAGACAGUUGCAGAAGGAGAUGAAGCUUAAGGCUAAGUCUGAAGAUAACGCUUCGGCAUAGAGAGGGCAGUGGAGUUUGAUUGGGGGAUUUGACAAGAUAUGAUACUGGAAAGAGUCGGGUGUUUUGAUUGAUUGAUGAGAAUUGGAUUGGGAUUUUUUUUUCAGGGAGUUAGCGAGUUUAGCUGGAGACUUUGGGGGAGUCAUGAUUUCCUAUCCUUAUAAAGCAAAGCGAAGCAAUGCAAGCAAUUGUUCAUACAAUAAGAAUCCAACCUUUGAACAAGCAAUACUCUUCACCUCUACCUGCAUUCCACAGUUCCUUCUUUCACAUGUGAUCGCGAUCAUCUCUGCAUGAUCCUGCGCUGCGG